AUGUCGAGAGUUAAAAGCCUCGUCAUGCCCGCUGGGCUCACCCAUCAAAUCUCACUUCACCAACAACAUCUCUCCUGCCAGCUUCUUUCUGAUCCACGGCAAAACAACACAAUGGACGAACCCGUCACUGAACCGGCCCGGAGGUAUAUGUACCCGCAUGAUCCAUAUACCUUGACCAGGUAUAAUGCAUUCCCCUCAGGGCUUAGUACUGGUGUAGUCCCACUAGACGUCCUCACUUUUGCGGUUUCCUCGAACCACCCUAUUGUCGCGCGUUGGGGUGACGUUUCUACAUACACUAUCGAGCAGCUCGACAGGUUGAAUAUCCCCUGGGUUGCUGUCGAGUGCUUUCAACGGCGACAGGAGGAAGAAGAAAGUGAAGAUCGGGACGACACAACAGUAAUCAUCACUGUGCAGGAGUUCCCUAAAGAGACAAACGAAAUAGAAAAACUAUUGCAAAUGGUCCACGAAUAUUCAGGAGGCCUGUUUGUCGAGAUGAGUAUAGGGCAGAUUCGAUGUGAUGCACCGGAGAUAAAGCCCGAGUCAGAAGCAGCCAAAGGUAGAGAACAGAGACCGCCAUACGCUUCAAAGCCGCCUAUGGGUGGCUCCGUUGGCGUUGCUGGUAUAGAUUGGUCUACCGGUACAUUCGGCGGCUACCUGGAGCUUUUAAAGCAUGGACAACCAGCCAAGAUAUGUGGCUUGACUUGCCAUCACGUUGUCGCCAAAUCCGAUGUGCCUGUUAGAAAUUUUGAGGCGAUCGCGGGAGAUGCUGGGAAACAAAUCAAGAUACAGCAUCCAAGCCUUGGCGAUCACAACAGAACACUAUCAAGUCUGGAAUCAGCUAUUGAUAUGUAUACAGGCUAUCAAUCAGUAUACAAACAGGAUUGCGACCCAGACCCCAGGACCAAAACGAAAAUUGAUAAGCUGAAUCAGAAAAUGGACCUUUGCAUAGCCGCAAAGUCACAGGCAACAUCGGCUGAUAGAGAAAUUGGCUCUGUUCUGGCCAGCUCUGGUUUAAGAAUUUCUGCUGAUGAAGGUCGGCUCGAUUGGGCUUUAAUUGACCUAUAUCCAGAACGUAUCGGGAUGAACAAGGCUCUCUCAGCUGAACAGCUCUAUGGCCCCCUUUCCGAGAACGUCUACGACUGGUGCCAGCCUACUGAAAACCAACCUGUGUAUAUGAUCGGGCGAACGUCAGGGUUGAAAGUCGGGUAUAUCAACGGAGUGCAUAGCUGUGUAUGCUAUCGAGAUACAGCCCAAGAAAUGAGGACGAAGGAAUGGGCAGUCGCGAGCAAGGAAGGAGGACAGUUUAGCCAAGGAGGUGACUCGGGGGCAUUAGUCAUUGCCCUUGGGACGGACAGCCUAAUUGGGCUCGUAUGGGGUGGCAAUAACGAUGGUUUACUGCGUAGGGAGCCAAGUUAUUUUACGCCGCUGUCCGUUGUCGCCAAAAGUAUCCGCGAGGAAACUGGCUACGGUGUCCGGCUUUUAGGCGGGGUUACAGAGAUUGCUUAA